GUGAUGAAUUCGUUUAAUACUCUGCGCUCUUUGCUGAUCUUUACUUUGAUACUUGUCGACAGUUGUGGAGCGAAGUGGAGUAAAACGCAGCGGAUCCGCUCCGGCACCACGUGACUCCUGCUGAGGGCCUGUGUUUGUUCAGCUCAGCGGCGGAGAAGAAGAAAAAUGGCGGCUCUAGGCGAACCCAAACGGGGCGCCGGGCUAACGUUCUGAGCUUUCACGGCUGGAACCACACCGGGGCUUCGCCGCGUAGCUGCACCGUCCGAACCCCCGCUGCUCCAGCUUCGUGGCGGUACCGCUUCCACUCGCAUCGGUGUCGGCCAAAGAGCGCAAACAUUGGGAUUGUAAAAUAAUAGAGCACGGUUAUCAUGAGAGGGAAAAGGGGCAGGCCGCCCAAACCGCUGCCGGCCGAGGAGCCGUCCCCAGCGGGGGCCCGCGGCUUGCGACCACGGAGGAACCUGAAGCCCAGGCUGCGGGACAGCGGGGACGAGGACAGCCCCACCAGGGAGAGCCCCAAGCCGAGCAGGAGGAGAAAAGCGGGCGCAGCGUCAACGCGGGGCAGGGGACGCGGCAGAGGCGGCGGCGGCGGCAGGGGAGGCAGGGGAGGCAGAGGGGGACGCGGAGGGAGGCGGACGCCUGCGUCCAAAACAGUGGUGUACGACGACCAUGAGAGCGACGAGGACGACGACGCCGUCAGCCUGAGGUCCGAGGAGGACGAGCUCAUCGAAGAGGAGGCUCCGUCCGAGGAGGACGAGGCCCUGAAGGAGGACUCCGACUGCCUGGAAGAGGAUGCGCUGGACGAGGAGGAGGAGGAGGCGGCGGACGACGCCAGCUGCUGCACGGAGAGCAGCUUUCGGAGCCAGAGCACACACGCCAGCACUCCCGGGAGGAAGAAAGCACGCGCUCCACGGCCUCGGACUCCCAUACUUGAGGAGAAGGAGAUUCCUCCCCUUGAGCUUCCACACUCUUCUGAGGAUCUGCUUGUGCCAAAUGAGGAGUUGCUCAAUGCCACCUCCAUCUACGAGGUGCUGCGGAACUUCAGCACAGUGCUGCGCCUCUCCCCCUUCCGCUUUGAGGACUUCUGUGCAGCACUGCUGGGGCAGGAGCAGUGCACUUUAAUAGCAGAGACCCACAUUUCUCUGUUGAAGGCCAUCCUGCGUGAGGAGGAGUCCUCCAACACCACCUUUGGCCCCGCUGACCUCAAAGACAGCGUCAACUCCACCCUGUUCUUCAUUGACGGCAUGACGUGGCCUGAGGUUUUGCGGGCGUACUGCGAGAGCGACCAGGAGUACCAUCAUGUGCUGCCGUACCAGGAGGGGGAGGAGUAUCCCUACGGUCCUCUCGAAAGUAAGAUCAAGGUGCUGCAGUUCUUGGUGGACCAGUUCCUCACCACCAACCUCGCCCGUGAGGAGCUGACGUCAGACGGCACCAUGCAGUACGAUGAUCACUGCCGCGUGUGCCACCGCCUGGGGGACCUGCUGUGCUGCGAGACCUGCUCGGCCGUGUAUCACCUGGAGUGUGUGAAGCCGCCCCUGGAGGAGGUUCCAGAGGACGAGUGGCAGUGUGAGAUCUGCGUGGCGCACAAGGUCCCGGGGGUCUCAGACUGUGUGACAGAGGCACAGAAGAACAGGCCCUAUGUCCGUCAGGAGCCCAUCGGAUACGACCGGCACCAGCGGAAGUACUGGUUCCUAAAUCGAAGGAUUAUAGUCGAAGAGGACGGGGAGCACGACAGGAAGAAGAUCUGGUACUACAGCACCAAGGCUCAGCUGGAGGAGCUCAUGCAGUGCCUGGACAAGGAGUACUGGGAGAUGGACCUCCAUGCCACGCUGGAGGAGAUGAAGGAGGAGGUGCAGGCCCACAUGGACGUGACCGAGGACCUCACCAGCAAAGCGUGUGGAAACAAUAAAGCCUACCUCACCGCCGUCAACGAACUGAUUAUGGAGCAUUUAACGGUCAAGCGAGAGGCACAGGAAGCGAAAAGGCGAUUGGAGGAAGCAAAUCAAGAAGCGGAACCAGAUAUUGAUAAAACAAAGGAGGACACGUCUGAGCUCAACGCUCGAGAAGACGCCGGCGCUGAAGUCCCACCUUCCACGGUGGAGAGCUGCGUGUCGGAUCCUGGUCCCGGCUCCGGCUCCCAGGACUUAGCUGCUCCUGAAACAGAAUCUGCUGAAUCAAAGCAGAGUCAGGAACGUGGAGAGACUCUGCAAGGAGCAGGUGCUGGAGAUGACACUGGGAAAGUGGACUCCAGCAGUGCAGUCGUUCACGGUGACGACUCACAGCCACAGCAGGAAGUGUCUCCUGUAGAGGAGAGCACUGGCAGCAGCCAGGAUCCUGGAUCCGGCAGCGCUGGUAAAGUGGAGCCACCCGACUUGGCUGAUCGGUCAUCUCAGUCCUCUUCUACCAGUCACGAUGGAGCAGAUGAGUUUAACGAAAGAGUGAAGACUGAUGGAGGCCAGGAGCCAAACACUCAAACACCCAGAGGCAGCAAAGAGUCGUCUCCUUCAUGCUUUGAAGACGAGUCUGUGCGCCUCGGCUCCCUCAAAAGGGACCUGAAGGUAAACCUGAACAGUUUGUUCAAACUGGGUCAGGAAGGUAAAUACAGGGUGUACCACAACCAGUACAGCACCAACGUCCUGGCCCUCAACAAGCAUCAGCACCGAGAGGACCACGACAAGAGGCGCCACCUGUCUCACAAGUUCAGCCUGACCACAGCCUCGGAGUUCAAAUGGAACGGCUCCAUCUACGGCUCGCGCAGCCUAACCGUCUCCACCCUGCGGCUCACCAUCAUUCAGCUGGAAACCAACGUGCCUGGACCUUUCAUGCAUCCUAACUGGGCAUCGCACAGGACCAACUGGAACAAAGCGGUGCAGAUGUGCAGCAAGGCCAGAGAGUUUGCUUUGGCCUUGGCCAUUCUGGAGUGUGCCAUCAAACCAGUGGUCAUGCUGCCUGUGUGGAAGGAGUCCCUGGGACACACCAGGUUACAUCGCAUGACGUCCAUGGAGCGGGAGGAGAAAGAGAAGGUAAAAAAGCGAGAGAAAAAGCUGGAGGACGAGGAGACGCUGCAGCAGGCCACCUGGGUGAAGUACACCAUCCCCAUCAAACACCAGGUGUGGAAGCAGAAGGGAGAGGAGUACCGAGUGACAGGUUACGGUGGCUGGAGCUGGGUCAGCAAGACUCACGUGCCACGAUUUGUUCCCAAGCUGCCAGGCAACACGAAUGUAAACUACCGCAAAGAGCUGGAGGCAGAUAAAAUGAAAAAGAAGAAAGCUUGCAUGAAAACACAGAAAAAGCUGAGUGAGACAGAAAAAACUGAGGAUGAGGAUGAAAAGGAAGAGUCACCUCUGAACACCCCAUCAGAGGAGGCAGCCGCCUCAAACCAGGAGGACAAACCCAGAGAGGAGGAGCAGGAGAAACCUGAGGAGAAAAUAGAGGUUGAACCAGAGACAGAUGAUCCAAGUGAAGACAAAGAUAAAGCUGAAAACACAGGCCCCUCAUCGCCUGCUGGCCAGCCUGUAAAGGAGGAGCCAGUCCACAUAGCUGAGACACCCAUGGAUAAGGACACGAAGCUCUACUAUGAUGUUGUGAAUGUCAGUGAGGGUUUCCAGCUGCGGACGGCAUAUAAGAAGAAGGUGAAGCCCUCCAAGCUCGACGGACUGUUGGAGCGGCGUGUGAAACAGUUCACACUGGAGGAGAAGCAGAGGCUGGAGAGGAUGAGACAGUCGGGUCUGGUGAACAAAGUGGCCGCCUCAAAGGCUAAUUCAGCAGUGAAGACAGAAGGGUCCACAGGAAGCAAACAGGAUCCUGCUGUUAAAGCAGAGGAGCAGGAGCAGAGCCUGCGGGCGGACGAUGGUGUGGCGAGAAAACUGGACUUCGAGCAGGACGAAGAGACGGACAUCAAAUCAAAGCCAGCAGCAACCAACCACAGCACAGAGGCAGAUGUAAACACGGGGGAGCCCGGCGUCCAUAAAGAAGUGAAUGGAGGACACGUCUCUGGCAAAAACAACCGGAUAUCAGAUGCAAUAGAAACCAAAGAGAAAACCCAGAAGCCUGACAUCAUGCGGGAGGGAGAGAACACUAAGAAACGCGGCUACGAGGAGAUGGAGCAGUGCAGCGGACAGAGCGAUGGCGACGUCGUGGAGAAGAGUCAGACCAGCCCGGUGCAGGUGAACGGGCAAACCCCUGCAGACGCCAACACCGGACAGCCUCAGAAAGAGGCCCUCAGGUCCCUGAUGAACGGAAACCUCUCUCAGAAUGAUGUGUCUGAUGUGUGUCACCCGCCUCCUCUGAAAGUCUCCAGAUUGGAGAACCACGUGGGACAGGAAGGAGACGCCACCAAGAACAAUAAGGAUGUGACGGAAAACAGUGAGGAGCCGGUGCCUGCAAAGCUUCCAUCCUCAAGCCCUUCAUGUGUGAACAGUAAUAAGAGCAGUGGUGAAGGUUUGAAGACCGCCACCACAGAGUCCCACACUCUCCCCACAGCCAGCGUGUCCAGCAGUGUAAGUAAACCUGAUGUGGUGAGUCCAACAAACCCAGCGUCUGUAGCCACUACCAGCAUCACUCCAGCUCAGCCCGGCUCCGCUUCCCCUCAGAAGUCCAAACCUACAGGCACCGGCUCCAGUCCAGCAAACUCUAUGACCAUCAGCAAAGACUACUCCACCCGAGACAGAGUCAGCCUCCUCAGGUUUUCCAAAUCCAAGAAGGCCCGCUCGGGAACCGCUCUGCCGUCCUACCGCAAGUUUGUCACCAAGAGCAGCAAGAAGAGCAUCUUCAUCCUGCCCAAUGACGACCUGAAGAGGCUGGCGAGGAGAGCCGGCAUCAGAGAGGUGCCCAUCUUCAACUACAACGCCAAGCCAGCCCAGGACAUAUGGCCCUACCCCUCCCCACGGCCCACCUUCAGCAUCACGUGGAGGUACCGGCUCCAGACCGUUCGCUCGCUGGCGGGGGUCAGUCUGAUGCUGAGGCUGCUGUGGGCCUGCCUGAGGUGGGAUGACAUGGCUGUGAAGCCGUCUGCUGCCGUGGGGACGACCCGAAAAGAAACGACAGACACCGACAUCAUCACCACGGAGAUUAUUAAACGAAGGGAUGUGGGGCCGUAUGGGAUCCGUUCAGAGUACUGCAUCCGGAAGAUCAUCUGUCCCCUGGGAAUCCGAGACACCCCCAAAGAAACCCCGACUCCACAGAGGAAGGGCCUGCGCUCCAGCGCCUUGAGGCCCAAGAAGCAGGAACCGGCCAAGCUUGCUGGGCCUGUUGCCGUGGAGACGUGGGUGGCUGAGGAGGAUCUGGAGCUGUGGGAGAUCAGGGCCUUUGCAGAAAGGGUGGAGAGGGAAAAGGCUCAGGGCUUAGACCCCUCAAAGACGGGCGGCACUCUGAGGACAGUGGAGGAUGUGAAGGCACAUUUGGAGAAUCAGCUGCGACAGGCCAGACUGGCUGCACAGCAGAAACGUCUAGAACAGCAGAGGCCGAGUACAACUGCUGCGCCUUCCCCGGCGGUCAUCGCUACCACCUCGGCCAGUUCUCCCAGCACGCCUGUGGCCACGGGCCAGAGGAUGGGUCAGGUGACCCCUGGAACCAAGAUGGUCCUCGCCUCCAAACUGGGCUCCCCGGUUUCCUUCCAGCAGGACAAGAACUUCCAUCAGUCGUUCGCUUCCUGGGUCAAGCAGGGUCAGAGCAGCAGCAGCUCAGCCUCCGCUGGCUCGGUGGCCUCUGUGGCAACCAGCAUCGCCACGUCCGAGCAAACCUUCCAGAUCGCUGGCAGCCCAGUGACUGUGGCUGGCCAGGUCCUCGCCGCCAAACUGCCGCUGCCCGCUAACAGCAAGAUUGUCACGCUCAACAUGCCCACUACUCAAGGAGGUGUAGUCCAGCAGAAGGUUCUGGGCAUAUUCCCCUCUGGGCCUCCUGCCAACCUGAGGACAUACAGCACACUACACCCUACAACCGGCAACAUCAACCUCAGAGCCACCACCUCAGUUACUCAGCAACAGGUCACUACAGCAGGAGUCCAAAUACAGCCUGGCACUAUGAUGACACCAUCUACCUCUGUGGUCAGAAGUCCAGCAUUGGCCCAACAAGGUCAGCCUCAGCAGGCGGUGACCCAGAUGGGCCGUGGCCCAGCAACUAUAGCUUCUCCUGGCUCUGCGUCUGCGCAGACAGCUGCUCAGAGAGCAGUGGCACCUGCGCAGUCGUGUCACGCAGCCACUGCAGCUCCAGGGCAGUCCCCUUUGCCGGGCCCCCAGGCCAACCGGCCCCAGCAGGGUCAGGUCAAGCUCACUAUGGCACAGCUCAUGCAGCUGACGCAGGGCGCCCAGGGUGGAAACCCAGGUCUGACAGUCGUGAUCCAGGGUCAAGGCCAGACUCAGGGCCAGCUACAAAUCAUCCCACAGGGUGUGACCGUCAUCCCCGGCCCUGGCCAGCAGCUGAUGCAGGCAGCAAUGCCCAACGGCCAGGUCCAGCGUUUCCUCUUCACGCCCAUGGCUCCAUCCUCAACAGCUCCCACUUUUGCCCCAGCUACUGCUUCUCCUACAAAGCCUGCUGUGCUUCAGACCCCUCACACCCAAAUGGCAACUCUAGCUCAAGCCGGGGGCCCUGCACAAGUGCAAACAACUCCCUCACCCCUUGCUCAAACACAGGUGGCAGCUCCUCUACCUGCACCCACACACAUCACAGCCCCAGCCUCCACACAGAUGCCAGCGUUGGCCCCCACCCCGGUGGCAGCACCCAUGUCCACUCUACCACAGGCUGUAAGCCAGGCCUUGAUGCCAGCUCCAUCAUCUGCUGUGCAGGUUCCGGCCCCCACGCAGGUUGCACCCUCCACACCAUCUCCUCUCUCAGCACAACUCCACAUGCCAAUAGCGCCUGUCCCAGCACAAAACCCGGCUCCGAAGGUUCUCCCCUCAGCAUCAGCUCCUGCAGAAGUCCCCGCCAUGGUCCAAACCCAAGUCUCCACCCUAAGCCCCGCCUCCUUUACACAGACCCAGGCUGCUGUGCCUCUGCCUGUCCCAGGACAAAUUGCACCCAAGUACCAAGUCCAGACACAUGCCUUCAGUUCCGUACCGGGCUUAACCUCGACUCCGUCCCCUGCUUUGUCCCCUGUGUCCGUUAAAUCCCCUGCCCAAGUCGCUGCUACGGCAGCAGCUGCUACCUCGGCCCAGAUGCAGGCUUCCGCCUCUCUGCCUUCUGCGGUCCCAUUUCCAAGCCCUGCUCUCGCUCCUGCCUCUGCUCCUGUUGUAGCCAUUGUGUCCACUCCAGUCGCUGUCCCGUCCCCAGCCAAAGCUCCGACCCAAAUCCCAGCCACGUUACCGGUUCCUCUCCACGCUGCUGUGGCUAAUGCUGUUGUCACACCAGUCACGGCCACCGCUACAACGCCUUCAGUGCCAGCUCUGACAGAGCAGAGGGCAGCUCAGCCCCAGAUCUGGACUCCGGCUGCAUCUCAGGCGCAGACUCCAGUCCAGCUGGCUCAGCAGGCUGCAGCUCCCAUCCAGGCACCCGCCCUGGUGGCUUUGCCAUCAGUCCCUGCUUCAGUCUCCACACAUUCACCCAUUAGCCCUCUGCCCCCUCAACCUCAAGCACAGGUCCAGCACCCCACCGUAGUGACCAUGCAGCAGGUUUCACAGAUGCCUGUGUCAGCAGUUCAGGUUCAUAUGAAGGAACUGCCCGUCUCUACUGUUGUCACAACUGUAAGACCAUCUCAGCCUCAGCUUCAGCUCCAACCCCAGCCUCAAACCCAAAUCCGUGCACAGAUUCAGGUCCAGCCCUUUGGACAAGUCCAACAAAUGCAGGCUCAAGCGCAUCUCCAGUCCCAAGCACAAGCCCAUAUCCACUCACAGGUCAGAGUUCAGCUUCAGCCACGGCCACAGGUUCAGCAACAAUUGCAGCAAAUACCCCAAUGCCAGGUCCAGCCCCUUAGUCAAAUCCAACCUCAGGUGCAGUUUCAGUCCUCAAACCAAACCCUACCCCAGGCCCAGCUCCAGGCACGGGUCCAACCUCAGUAUCAGCCACAGAUACAGGCUUCAUUUCAGGCUCAGCCACAAACCCAACCCCCGGCUCAGCAACAGCCCCAGGUUCAGUCUCAGGGCCAAACUCAACUCCAACCACAGAUUCACCCACAGGUUCAGGUGCAGUUCCAGAAACAGAGCCAGGUUCAACCCCAGGCUUCACAGCAAACACAGGUCCAAACCCAGACGCAAUUUCAAGUCCAGGCACCGCAGCAGACCCAGGUCCAGCAGCAGCAGCAGCAGCAGCAGCAGCAGCUUCAGGUUCAAGCCCAACCACAAGUCCAAGCCAAACUCCAAGUCCAGUUCCAGCACCAGAACCAAACCCAAGUUCAAGCACAGCCUCAGCUUCAGGUCCAGUCUCCAAUCAGGCAUCAGCUCAUCACUGUUCCUGGCCUACAACAACCAGUCCAGCUGCUCUCAGCCCUGCCAGCCCAUGUUGCAGCCCAAAUUCAAGCCCAGAUCCAGGCACAGACCCAACAGCAGGGUGGCGCCGUUCCUCAGCAGAUCAAACUGCAGCUGCCCAUCCAGAUCCAGCAGACGGGGGGUCAAAUUCAGGCCCAUCAGAUUCAAAACAUGGUGACCAUACAGGCCCCAGUGACCGUCCAGGAGCAGCUUAACAGGAUGCAGCAGCAACAGCAACCCCCCCCACCAAAGAAGAAGAAACACCACGAGCCUAAAAGGGAACAGAGGGAGCAGCAUCUGCAGGCCGGCAGCUCAGGGGACGGUGUCCAGAAACCGGCCGUAGUGAAGCAGAGUGUAACAGCAGAGAUGCUCAAACAGAGGAAGACCCUGGCUGCAGCUGAACGGGAGGAGAACCAGAGAAUGAUUGUGUGCAACCAGGUUAUGAAGUUUAUCCUCGACAAGAUUGAGAAGGACGAGAAGCAGGCAGCUAAAAAGAGAAAGAAGGAGGAGGUGGUGGAGCAGAAACGCUUCAAGCAGAACGCCACCAAGCUGACGGCGCUGCUGUACAAACACAAGGAGCAGCUGAAGGCUGAGAUCCUGAAGAAGCGGGCGCUGCUGGACAAGGAGCUGCAGCUGCAAGUACAGGAGGAGCUGAGGCGGGACCUAGCCAGGCUGCAGAAGGAGAAGGAGAGAGCCCGAGCAGCUAUCGCCCAGGCCGCUGCUGCCACGGUCAAGGCAGCCGCCUCCCACUCCUCCCAUCCUUCCCACUCUACACAUUCCUCCCACGGCGCCCACGCCGUGACCUCGUCUUCCUCAUCACAUAAACACAAGAGGGAGGAGGAGAGAGACCGCAACAGGGACAGGGACAGGGACCGGCACCAUGACAAGGACAAGAAACGAGACCGGGACAAGGACCGAGACCGGCACAGAGACAAAGACCGGGAGCGAGAGAAGGACCGAGACAGAGACAGACACCGGGACCGAGACAAAGAGCGAGAUCGGGACAGAGACAAGAACAGAGAUUCCAGCUCAUCUAAACACAAGAAGAAAAAGCUGUCUUCUACCUCAAAGGAUCACAAGAAGGACACCAAACUGUACUGUAUCUGCAAGACGCCCUACGACGAGUCCAAGUUUUACAUUGGCUGCGACCUGUGCUCCAACUGGUUUCAUGGCGCGUGUGUUGGCAUCACAGAGAAGGAGGCCAAGAAGCUGGAAGACUUUGUGUGUAACGACUGUAAGCGAGGCCAGGAGGGAGGAAGCAGCGAGGAGCUCUACUGCAUCUGCAAGACGCCAUACGACGAGUCCCAGUUCUACAUCGGCUGCGACCGCUGCCAGAACUGGUACCACGGCCGCUGCGUGGGCAUCCUGCAGAGCGAGGCCAAUCACAUCGACGUGUACGUGUGCCCACAGUGUCAGUCCACGGAGGACGCCAUGACCGUGCUCACGCCGCUCACCGACAAAGACUACGAAGGCCUGAAGAGAAUCCUACGCUCGUUACAGUCCCAUAAGAUGGCAUGGCCUUUCCUUGAGCCCGUGGAUCCACAUGACGCACCUGAUUAUUACUGUGUGAUCAAGGAGCCGAUGGACUUCUCCACAAUGGAAACCCGACUGCAAAAGCGACAUUACCACAAGCUCACCGAGUUCGUGGCCGACGUGACCAAAAUCUUUGACAACUGCCGCUACUACAACCCCAACGACACGCCGUUCUUUCAGUGUGCCGAGGUGCUGGAAGCGUUCUUUGUACAGAAGCUCAAAGGUUUCAAAGCGAGCAGAUUGUCAGAUUCUUAAGUGGGCCAGUCUAGCUGGAGUCUGGACUGGAUGCUGGGGUCUCUAGAAAUAAUGACAUGGAAACGUUUGCGUUUCCAGAACAAUCAAUCAAACAAAUAAACCAUGAAACAGCAGAUUGACGUGACAAUCCCAGUAUUUGGUGAUCAUCCUCACACAUCAGCAGCCAUGUUGUGUCAACGUGUUAAUCAUGUGCUUCCUUCUCGCCCAUCAGUCGUCACGUUGUUCCCUCUGGGUUUUAAAUAAAUUUUAGUUUCUAACCUGUAUUUAUUUUGUGUUACGGCGUUGAACUGGACUCGCUGAGCCACCAGCUACACACUAGAGGAAUGAAGCUGCAUAUUUUAUUACAGAGCUAUUUAUCAGACAUGCAGUCAGCUGUGGAUGAGGUUGUCUUGAAUGUACAUAUGUGUUGUCAUGUACAGCGGUUGUAACAUAUCUGACUCUGUAUCUGAAGGUUUUAAAUGAUUAUGAAACGACUUGUUUAAAUGUUUUACGUGAACAAUAACCGUUUGACUUCAGUUCCUCAUUCCGAAGUGGCCUCCGUUUGUAGCGGCGUAGGUUUCUCUGUAAUAAAGUCUUUCCUAGUAAAACACACCAACAUGGCUGCAGGAUCCUCUAUCGACCCCUUUGCAUCCUCUGUCUGUGUGUUGACAGUAAUCAAAAUGUGAAGGACUCAACUUUCCCCUCUCUCCACACUCUAGGUCUCAUAACAACAAGCUUCAGUCUUCUUCGGCCACUUAGAAAGAAAGGUCGCAUCACACGUUGCUCAGACUAAAAUGCACUUGCCGAGAACAUGGCUUUGAACUGUAAGUCUGUGACGGCCCGUGUUGGGGACCCACUCCUGACAGCGGCGCAGUCCACCUGCUGCCUGAACAGUUUCUGCUCUAAGGGACCUUUUUUGGACCUUUCAUCACCAGUGGGACUGUACAGAGGAGCUGGAUGCAUUUCAAAAGAAAGUUUACCUCUGAAAAAAGACUCGCAGAGCUCUCAUUUCCAUGGACUUAGAUUUUUGAUCUCAGCCUUUUUAUGUUUUUCUUGUUUGAAAAGAUCUCAGGCCAUACGUGUGGUCGUCACCUAGAAGCUGAGGACUGACACACAGUGGCUGAGUUUUACUGAGCAUAAUGUAUCAAGAGUUUUGUGUCGAACUUCAGAUAUCACAGUGGAACAACUUGUCUUCUCCCAUUACCACUCGUCAUCUAGUCUGAAGUGGCAUGAGAGCCAGUUGUUAAGUACCUGGACACCAUUAGUCUGCUUGGUUCAACCUGUAUAACCUACUGAAAGUACGGUAUAAGCUAUUGUAAAUUAAACGCUCUGCAGUAGUGACUGAUGAAACAAUAUUUGAAGGUUCCUACCCUGUUUGUAAAAAUUUGUCAGAUUUUGACUUGAUUUCUUUUUCUUUUUUUGUAUUAAAGCUGAAUAAUAAAUAUUGAUGUAUAUGGAGCUUAAUAAACUGAACAAGUCUGAUUGUUA